AUGGCUGUCCCAAGACCUUCAGAAUACAUCGUACCCACCAGCGAGAAAGAGCAUGUCUCUCUUAUUAUCUCAGAAGCAAGCUGCGAAGCUGAGGGCCUGCACCUUGUCACAUGGAGCUCGGCAUUCCUCCUCUCCAAGGAGCUGUAUAAGCUGCGCAUAGAGCGCUCACAGCUCAAAGGCACCACCACUGGCUACUCAAUUCUUGAGCUUGGAGCAGGCACGGGUCUCACUGGCAUCGCUGCCGCUGCCGUCUGGGGAGGAAGUGCCUUGCUGACAGACUUGCCCACCAUCGUCCCUGGCGUGCAAGUGAACGCCGACCUUAAUAAGGACGCUGUCACUGCUAAGGGUGGGAGUCUGGCCUGUGGCACACUUGACUGGAAUAGCCCGGACACGAUACACACCCACAAAACAUCUGACGAAAGCCAGCCUGCGUCGAUCCAGGUGAACGACGAGACUGCAUUUCCCAUCAUCGUCACAGCAGAUACUAUGUACACUGAGGAUCAUCCUCAGUUGCUUAGUCAGACCAUUCUGAAGUGUCUACGGAGGACAAAAGAUGCUCGUGCGAUCGUCAUGUAUGCAAUGAGGAUUGCGUAUAUUGAUCACAUCAGGGAGUUCUGGGAGUUGAUGGAGGAGGGAGGCCUUGUUGCUGAGCAAGAGGGCCGGGCCGAGAUCGACCUCAAGGACUGGGACGAUGAAAAGCUUCACGAGUGGAUUGUGUGGAAAUGGAAGGACCUUUGA